GAACGUGCGUCUAGAUACGCGGCUCUCAGUUUUUAUGUUCUGUCUAAGCCUAUUCUUUUGUUAAACAGACGUUGUUCUGUCCAGACUUCUAUAUUGUAAAUUUUCGUUGAUAAAGUACCGUGAGUGUGAAAUAACUACGUACAACUUACAAACUAGCAAGAGACUAUAACUCAAUAAACAUGGCACUAACAAAGGGUCCAAGGGCAUUAGGACAUCAGCUGCACGCAGCUAAUGAAGAUACUAGGUUUGAUCACCUUAGUGCGCUGGACAUAGAUUCUCAUCCAACUUUCACUCGCUUGAGUGGUAUAAUUUGUACAAUUGGACCUUCAUCUCGGGAAGUGCAAACAUUGGUAGAAAUGAUGAAAGCAGGGAUGAACAUUGCUCGUUUGAACUUUUCUCAUGGUACCCAUGAGUACCAUUUAGGAACCAUUCAAAAUAUUAGAGAAGCAGCCAAAAUUGUCAGCAAUGAGAUGGAAAUGCCGUACUCUGUAGCAAUUGCUUUGGACACAAAAGGACCUGAAAUUCGUACUGGACUUUUAGUAGGGGGAGCUACAGCUGAAAUAGAACUGAAGAUCGGAGCCAAAAUUAAAGUUACUGUUGAUGACAGCUAUAAGGAGAAGUGUUCAGUGGACGUUUUGUAUGUUGACUACAAAAAUAUCACUAAAGUUGUGGUACCAGGCAAUCGAGUUUUUAUUGAUGAUGGUCUGAUUUCUCUUGUAGUCGAGGAGAUUGGUGCUGAUUUCCUACAAUGCGAGAUUGAAAAUGGUGGGUUGCUUGGUAGCAAGAAAGGUGUUAACCUCCCAGGAGUUAUUGUAGAUUUACCCGCAGUGUCAGAAAAAGACAAGGAAGAUAUAUUGUUUGGAGUGGAACAAGGGGUAGACGUGAUCUUUGCCUCUUUCAUAAGGAAUGGAGCUGGGGUGAAAGAAAUUCGUCAGAUCUUGGGAGAUAAGGGCAAAUAUAUUAAAAUUGUCCCUAAGAUUGAAAACCAUGAAGGUGUUAAAAAGAUUGAUGAAAUCAUUGAAGUCAGCGAUGGGAUCAUGGUUGCCCGUGGUGACUUGGGAAUAGAAAUUCCCCCAGAAAAAGUCUUCCUUGCACAGAAGAUGAUGACUGCCAAAUGUAAUAUCCUUGGAAAACCCGUUAUCUGUGCUACUCAGAUGCUUGAAAGUAUGGUAAAGAAGCCACGUCCGACUCGGGCUGAAAGUUCUGAUGUAGCUAAUGCUAUUCUGGAUGGGGCAGACUGUGUGAUGUUAUCCGGUGAAACAGCCAAGGGGGACUACCCUCUGCAAGCUGUCAAAAUCAUGGAUGCCAUCUGUACAGAAGCCGAGGCAGCCAUCUUUCACAAACAUGUUUUCACAGAGCUUAUUGCCAAGGCUCCAAUUCCUCUUGAUUCCACACAUUCUGUUGCUAUAGCAGCAGUUACAGCUUCUAUGAAAUCCUUAGCCUCGGCUAUUAUUGUUAUCACCACUACGGGAAGAACAGCCCACUUGCUAGCAAAGUAUCGUCCCCGGUGUCCCAUUGUAGCCGUUUCUCGUCUGAAUGUUACAGCUCGCCAAGCCCAUCUGUGGCGGGGAAUCUUACCACUUCUUUUUACUGGGGAACGAUUGCAAGACUGGCCUCAUGAUGUGGAUGCGAGGAUACAGUAUGCUAUCAAUUUCGGCAAAAAGCGAGACUUCAUUAAUCCUGGUGAUGCUGUUAUUGUUGUGACAGGCUGGCGAAAGGGAGCUGGAGCCACCAACACAAUGAGAGUUGUAUAUGUCGAUUAAUCUGACGUUCCUAUUUUUCUAUGAUGAAGCGAUUUCUUUUGUGGCUUUUGAAAUAUUUUUUUGUACUGUGAACAAACUGAAACAGUCAUUUUUGACAAAAUCUUUUGUGAUAAUUAAGUUAUUAUACACUUAUCAGACAUUAAUGCUUUCUUUAACAUUUAGCAUUCUGAAACUAAAGUAAGUGCUAAUAUAAUUGUCUGGUUAUUAUAACAGCAACUGUUAUAAUAAUAGUCUGGUUAUUGUAACAGCAACUGUUAUAAUAAUAGUCUGGUUAUUGUAACAGCAACUGUUAUAAUAAUAGUCUGGUUAUUGUAACAGCAACUGCUAUAAUAAUAGUCUGGUUAUUGUAACAGCAACUGCUAUAAUAAUAGUCUGGUUAUUGUAACUGCAACUGCCAUAAUAAUAGUCUGGUUGUUGUAACGGCAACUGCCGUAACAGUAGCCUGGUUGUUGUAACGGCAACUGCCGUAACAGUAGCCUGGUUGUUGUAACGGCAACUGCCGUAACAGUAGCCUGGUUGUUAUAUCAUAUAUAUGAAAACAUUACAUGAUUUUAAUUUAUUUCAAGAUGGGAUUUUUUAUACACACACACAGCACAAAACGAAGUAUCCAAGAAAAUUAUGGUAAAUGAUUAAAAAUAGUGUAAUAAACAAGUGCCUUUCAAAAUAUUUAAAUAAUUAUUUUUUCAUGUAUUUAAUGGUAAUAUAAUUCUAUAUAAACAAGAAGUUAGCUGUAGUUAUUGCUCUAAGGUACUGUAGCUGUAGCGUUUUGAAUUAUCAUAAUGUUUAACUUGAAGUAAUUACAUUCUCUGUGCUUUAGGUGUCUAUCAUUUUUAAUCACAGAAUAAAUAUUAAAAGUUAAACCGA